AUGAUUUUAGAGGCGUUACAGCGCCCUUCAAAAUUGGCUGCAUAUAAAAAGGAGAGCAAUGAGCCAAUAAUGAAGAUGCUUUGGCCGAAAUACUUGGCGAUCUCGAUCAUCUUUAUACUUUUUGGAUUGAAUGUGUCGGAGGCAGACCAGUCAUCUGAUGAGGGUGUUGCUUACUGUAAAAAUGGCAUCACAUCGAACUUAGAAGUCAGAUCAUCAAUAAUCGCAAAGAUCAAUGACUAUCGUCAGAGAGUAGCUGCUGGAGAGCAAAAGAAUGGGUGGACAGCAUGGUCUGGACAGCCUGGUGAUGUCCCCUCGGACAAUCUUUAUCUUCCUCCGGCAAAAAAUAUGAAAAAAGUGUCGUACGACUGCUCACUCGAAAAAGAAGCUAGCCGUAUUUUGACCAAAAUGGAAUGCAGCAAAGACAUCUCAGAGCAGCAAGAACCUACAAGAGGAUUUGUCUUUGGUUCACGCGACGAUUUGCAUGACAUUCCAUUUGGCUAUCUCGGAGCACACCUCCAUAAGAUUUAUUGGCAUCGUCUUACCAGAGUCGCGCCUGUGACAUACACCAAAAAUGAUGAAGGAUUGAAAAUUUAUGCCAAUAUGAUGCGUGAUACUGCUUCAAGAAUAGGUUGCGCAAACAGGACAUGUUACGAAUCAAGCUCUGGGGAAAAUAUUUAUAUGCGACUAUGCAUCACCGAUCAGAAUAAACUCGAAAUUGGGGACCAAAUAUAUGAAAUGGGUACCAAAGGAAGCUGCGAAUGUGAAUCGCCACUGACUUGUGAGAAUUCGUUGUGCGUUGAAGCUAUUUUCCCUGGAUCGAAUUCCUCCGAGAGCACUUGGUGUGCGUCGUCCGAAAUAAACGACACGAUAAGAAUGUACAUGCAAAAUACUCAUAAUUAUCGUCGAGCGUUGCUCGCUUUGGGAGAAGUUCGGAACAAGCAAGGAAAAAAAUUACGCGCAGCCACAAACAUGAAUCACCUGACUUGGGAUUGUGCACUGGAGAGAGAAGCUCACGAUUUUCUCAGAAGCUGCCCAACGGAAGGCUACGAAAGAUCUGAUGAUAAGAGCCCAGCGCAGAAUUUCUACCGCGGCACAAUUACUGCAAACGAGCCAACAUACAGGGAUAUGAAUAAGAAGACGGUCACAGAGUGGUGGGAACAAGUGCAAAAGGUUACAGGUCUUGACAGAAAUGCCUACUUUCGUUCUAAACACAGGAGUAGUGACAUAAAAUCCUACACUCUGAUGGGCUGGGCUUCGAGUGAAAAAAUGGGUUGCUCCAUUGCUAAGUGUGGUAAGGAUUGGGUGGAAGCGUGCCGAUAUUAUCCGCCAGGAAACCAAGUCAACGCACAGAUGUACAUACCUGGCAAGACAUGCUCUAAAUGCAAACCUUGGAACAGGAUCAUUCGAUGCGGACUUGGACUAUGCUUAUCAAAGAAGUGAACGUGUCCCUCAUUUAAUUGGGAUCUAGUCGGGGUGUAUUUUUCUCUUGCUCUGUGCUGAUUUUUUUACAAUAAAUCUUACAUGGC